AUGCAGGCGAGAUUGUGGUUGUUGCUGUUACCUGUCGCCUUGCUAUCGAUCGGUCGUGUUCUUGGCGAUGAGUUGACCUCGCCGCCUUCUGGAAAUGCAAGCAUCCUUCUUCCACGGCAGGCCGGGGUUGUUUCUCCAUGUGUUGCAAAAUGCUUCACUGACAUCUUCCCUCAAUUCGACUGUCCGGACCUCACGGAAUGCGUCUGCCACAAUCUCGAGUUGAGAGAUGCUGUGGGAAAUUGCAUCCUUGCAAGUGGAUGUAACAUUGCCGAAGCAUUCGCAUCACAGGCCUCGCAGGCCGAUAUCUGCCAUUACCCUGUACGGGACAGGAGUCCGACUAUUGUUGUGGUUGGGGCUAUUCUGCUUACAUGUGCGAUUGCUGCCGCGAUUCUAAGAGCUUUGGCCAGAGGGACAUGGUCUGGUGGAGCCGGAUAUGGUGCUGAUGACUAUGUUCUCUUCCUCUGUUGUCUGCCACUGAUUGGCGUUACCACGGCUGUCUACAAAGCAGUCAUGGAGGGAUUGGGUCAAGACAUCUAUCGAUUGACCAUCCCAAGAAUUCAGGGUGUUUUGAUGGCAAUCUUUGGAACCAAGGCCUCUUUUUGCCUGCUUUACCUCCGAAUUUGGAAGGAUGGUGAUGUCAUCUUUCGAUGGGCAUGUUGGAUCACUCUUACAAUCCUCACCGUAGCUUUGAUCGGCUUCGAGUUCUCAACCAUCUUCAUCUGUGAGUCCAUCACCCAACCCCGUCAAGCUUUUCUAACAGUACCAGGCAAUCCACCGAGUCAUAUCUGGGAGGUCCUAACCAGGGCUUCCACCCUGAACUGCAUCAACAGAAAUCCCCAACUCUACACCGUCUCGACUGUCAACAUCAUCAUGGACGUCGUGGUWCUCUUACUGCCAGUCCGUAACAUUCUUCAAUUGCAGCUCAAUCUAGCCAGAAAACUAGGCUUGCUUGCAACAUUCAUGAUUGGAUUCGCAGUGACAGGAGUCAGCAUAACCCAACUCUACUUCCUCGUCAAAAACGUCAGCAAAAUCCAAAAUCCCUCCUGGGACUACUUCCCCAUCGCCCUCUGGCGAAUGACAGAAGUCUACCUCUCAAUCGUCUGCUGCUGCAUGCCAAUGAUGCCCGGCCUCUUCAACAGACUCUUCGCCCGCGCCUCCGAGAGCGUGCAUGUCCCGAGCAUCGUCAAUCAAAUCUGGUCAAAGACAUCCGGCACGACGGCCGAUACGGUAGACAGUGAUACUCUGCGGGAGUGGAGAGGUCCUCAUGGAGAACCUUUGGGGAAAUGGCGGUCUGUGAGGAGACAUGAUCGUGCGGGCAGAAUUUCUGGGCCGUAUGAUAGUGAGACGGCGUUGGAGAUGGCUGAUCGGGGCGUUUCGCCUUUGGAUGCGCCUUUGCAGGCUGAUGAGAUUGCGCUAAGAAGGGAUGGUGAUGUUAGCGAAUGA